AUGAAGGAGCGACACGAUGGUGUGCCCCCGUCUGAGUGCAUGGCCCACAUAGAACAGGCUCAUCUGAGCGUGUCCAAGGUCAUCAGCCUCCUCGCGGCUGAAUUCAUGCAUCGCAAGGGCGGCAAUGGAGUUGAUACUGGUAAGGUGGACAGCGCCAUCGGCCACAUAUCUGCAUUUACCAUGAAAGACGUACAUGAGAACGGGGGCGAGGUUCUUCUGUGGAGCACCCUGGUGAACCUUUCGCUCUACGUGUGGGCCUACGCGGCCAUACAGUCCGGCGUACUCCUCAUCGGUUUCGAUGUCGAUGUUGCACAGUCGCACAACAUUGUCACCAAGUACGCGGACAGGCUCGGGGUCGUGGACCGUGACGCGAUAACCACGCCCGGACAAACGUCAUGGAGGUCUCUGGAGGUCACGGACAAGACCAACGCUGUCUUUAUCGGCGAGAAUGAUUACAAUUACAACCCCUUUGCCUUUGCGCUCAACGAAAUCGUAGGCCUCAUCUUCUCGGGCUCGACAUCGCACUCCUUGAGCAAGGCGUCCACCAUCAAGACGGUCAUCAUUGCAACUCUCAUGCCAGGGCACAUCCUGAGAAGGACAUUCAUGGAAACGUGCAAGAAGCUGGUCAUCAAGAUGGUAUCCCUGGCGCACAACGUUUUCCUGACCGGCACCAGGUCGACGAAGCGGGUAGACGCCAUCAGUGAAGAGGGGAAAUACAGCAUUCUGGGCUAUAUCGGAGUUUGGGGCUACAUGAAGGUGGACGAGCACGUCAUACAAGGGAUCGAGUCGCAAACCAAAACUGACAGAGAGAAGGCCCGCGUUACGGGACCCCGUGGAUGA